AUGCCGUGGUACGCGAGCGAGACGUUCCUGCCCUCGGCGUCGCAGGACUUCAAGCCGCCGUGCGUGUGGUUCAGCGCCAACGGCAACGGCACCCUGCCGCAGGGCAUGUCGUUCCGGCUGCGCGACAUGUCGGACCUCGACUGCGACAAGGCCGUCGGGCUGGCGGACCAGUACGCCAGCUUCAACGACACGCUGUGCGCGGCGCCGGCGCGGCUGCAGUUCUGGCGGGAGACGACGCGUGAGAGCUGCAUCCCGCGCUACACGCAGUUCCCGGCCAAGGCGGCGAAUGGGUCUGACGCGAAUCACUUUGAGGCGAUGCAUGGCCAUGUGCUUGACAACGACUGCAAUCCGGGUGUGCCUUGGAGUAGCCCUGACAACCUCUUCAAGCCACCUCCAAUUCCCGGGAGGGGAUCUUUUGGAGGCACGUCGGGCUUCAUACCAGCAUCGGAUGUCCCAGGACAAGGGGCAUUUGGAGGCACAACGGGAUUCAUUCCCAUAGACACCCCUCCUAGCAGCGAUGAUGACAGCAAUGGGGAUGAAUCAGCUUGCACAAGUGACGAUCCAACCGAGGACUGUGGUGAUGUGGGCGACGUCGGGGAUGGGGAUGGGGAUAUGUUCAGCGACGGCGAUGAAGGCACAGAUAUGACAAGCACAAACCCAACAGCUACCACCACCCUCUCAACACGCUCAAUGGGCCACAUGAAGACGAUCCCCGGCACGCCCACACCCACGCCAGACGACACCGACACCGACGCGCUCCGCCUCGCCCGGCGCCAUCGCACGCCACAAGAGCGCAACCCCAGCGACAACGAUAAGUGUCACGAUCAGCUCACGAUAAGUGAACACGCGCACCACGCCGGCAUGGCGCGGCAACUCUGCGAGAGCGAGACGUCACUGGGGCCGGACUUUGUCACGACGGCGGGAAGGCAGUUCUGCGACAUGUGCACGCGGCGACUGUGGCCAUUAUGCAGCGCGGACAGUGUUGACAAUGCCGACGAUGGCUGCUUCCACUUGGAAACGAAGGCACUGCGGUUGCGGGCGCCCGCAGGCUCACGGCGGCGCGACGAGGUGCAGAGGAAGAAGUACCGGCGCGUGGAUCAGUGGAGGCGCAAAUGA